AUGCUUCUGGCGCGGAUGAAGCCGCAGGUGCAGCCCGAGAACGGCGGGGCGGACCCGGGGCCGGAGCAGCCGGUGCAAGGGCGCAAAGCCGCGGAGCUGUUGGUGGUGAAAGAGCGCAACGGCGUCCAGUGUCUCCUGGCGUCCCGCGAUGGCGACGAGCAGCCCCGGGAGACCUGGGGCAAGAAGAUCGACUUCCUGCUGUCAGUGAUCGGCUUCGCGGUGGACCUGGCCAACGUGUGGCGCUUCCCCUACCUCUGCUACAAGAAUGGUGGCGGUGCCUUUCUGAUCCCGUACACCCUGUUCCUUAUCAUUGCUGGGAUGCCCCUGUUCUACAUGGAGUUGGCUCUGGGCCAGUACAACCGAGAAGGGGCAGCCACAGUGUGGAAGAUCUGCCCAUUUUUCAAAGGAGUUGGCUACGCCGUGAUCCUCAUCGCCAUCUACGUUGGCUUCUACUACAACGUCAUCAUCGCCUGGUCUCUCUACUACCUCUUCUCCUCCUUCACCCUCAAGCUGCCUUGGACCGACUGCGGCCAUGCCUGGAACAGCCCCAACUGCACCGACCCCAAGCUCCUCAACAGCUCUGUGCUGGGCAACCACACCAAGUACUCCAAGUACAAGUUCACGCCGGCAGCAGAGUUUUACGAGCGUGGCGUCCUGCACCUUCACGAGAGCGGCGGGAUCCACGACAUCGGCCUGCCCCAGUGGCAGCUCUUGCUGUGUCUGAUGGUCGUCGUUGUCAUCCUGUUUUUUAGCCUCUGGAAAGGAGUGAAGACAUCAGGAAAGGUGGUGUGGAUCACGGCCACGCUGCCCUACCUCGUGCUGUUUGUGCUCCUGGUCCAUGGCAUCACGCUGCCUGGUGCCUCCAACGGCAUCAACGCCUACCUGCACAUCGACUUCUACCGCCUGAGAGAGGCCACGGUGUGGAUCGAUGCGGCGACUCAGAUAUUUUUUUCCUUGGGGGCUGGAUUUGGAGUCCUGAUUGCAUUUGCCAGUUACAACAAAUUUGACAACAACUGUUACAGGGACGCCCUGCUCACCAGCACCAUCAACUGUGUCACCAGCUUCAUCUCUGGGUUCGCCAUCUUCUCCAUCCUUGGUUACAUGGCCCAUGAACACAAGGUCAACAUUGAGGACGUUGCCACCGAAGGAGCCGGCCUGGUUUUCAUCCUGUACCCAGAAGCCAUUUCCACCCUGUCGGGAUCCACAUUCUGGGCUGUCGUGUUCUUCAUCAUGCUUCUGGCUCUGGGAAUUGACAGCUCGAUGGGAGGCAUGGAGGCCGUCAUCACAGGCCUGGCGGACGACUUCCAGGUCCUGAAGAGACACCGGAAACUCUUCACAUUUGGUGUCACCUUUGGAACCUUCCUUCUGGCCCUGUUCUGCAUAACCAAGGGCGGGAUAUACGUGCUGACCCUGCUGGACACCUUUGCGGCGGGGACCUCCAUUCUGUUUGCCGUGCUCAUGGAAGCCAUCGGAGUCUCCUGGUUUUAUGGUGUGGACAGGUUCAGCAACGACAUCCAGCAGAUGAUGGGGUUCAAGCCAGGCCUGUACUGGAGACUGUGCUGGAAGUUCGUGAGCCCCGCCUUCCUCCUGUUUGUGGUGGUGAUGAGUGUCGUCAACUUCAAGCCACUCACCUACGAUGACUACAUCUUCCCGCUCUGGGCCAACUGGGUUGGAUGGGGCAUCGCGCUGUCCUCCAUGGUCCUGGUGCCUGCCUACAGCAUCUACAAGUUCUUCAGCACGCGGGGCUCCCUUCGGGAGAGGCUGGCCUAUGGCAUCACCCCGGAGAACGAGCAUCACCUGGUGGCCCAGAGGGAUGUCAGGCAGUUCCAACUGCAGCACUGGCUGGCCAUCUGAGCCCCAAGGAGGGACCCUGCCGUGCCGACGUCCAGGUCCAAGGCUUUGCUGCCACCCCGGACACAGUCUUGGGACUCCUCUCCCGAAAGAUGUUCUCUCCAUCCCUACCCCUCUUUCCCCAGUUACAAAUGAUUUAGUGACCUCGUUUUUAUUCACCUUCUGUUCAUCUGGCCCGGAGGCUUUGAGCUUGGAUUGGAAAGUCUGGAGGGGGAGGAGGAGGGGAGGGAACAGGAAAAGUGACUUCCAUCGAGCCCCUUUUGCUUUGGGAAAGCCUCACCCACCCUGGGAUCUGGCCCAAGCUGAGCUCCAUCCACGGCUCGGGCAGAAUUCACCACUACCUUUGCUGUGCUUUGGGGCCACAGGAGAAAUCCCGCCCGCCAAAUCAGAGAGAGGAUGUUGCUUUUGGCCAGAUACCAUAAAACCGAACACAAACAGAAAGGCCGGCUGCGUCUGGGGCAGGGGAUCCUCUCUCUCUCUUGCCACCCAGUCAGCAUUCUGGUGUCUGAACCUUGAUCAGGGAGCGUGGCUUGGUUUGUUCCGGUCAUCAGUCUGGAUAGAUGCUUUGGAGGCUUGUGAGAAGAAUCCUUCAUGGUUAGUUUUCACUCUGGCUAAGCUGAAUCUGAUUUGUGCGUGUUCUGGAACAUUCUUCCAGCUUCUGGUGGUCAGAGGGUCCAGAGCCAUGGAUGUCACGAGGCAAAAUGUAGAUGAGCCGCAGUGAGGAGGUUUUGCAGAAGUACCAGAGGAGCUCAUAGAGGCCACGUGCAGGGCUUGGUCUGUCGGGCACAUGGGGCCCAGAAACCCAUCUGUGGCUUCUGAGAUCUUUCUGGGGGACUUGGGACAGGAACCCAGCGAGGCCAGAAGUGUGUCUGUACUACGGAAUUCUCUGCCGUCCUCACAGGGACAGGUGGAUGCCCAAGGGCAUCCUGAUAGGCUGUUUGUUUAUCUGUUGUCCGCAGACACCUGCAAAGGUCUUCCCUGGGAAUCCCACCCAGCACAGACCAGGGCUCUCAAGUGGUGGGGAGUUGGCCCUGAAAACUCCCUUUGUCUCUCCUGAUGGUCUUAACUUGGCAUCUGAGGGCAUGGUGGAGCCAAGCAGAUAGCAACCUGGUCAUUCAAGUCGAGGGGACAAUAUUCUGAGCUGAUGGAGCAGGAUGAUGGUUUUAGAGAAUUUGCAGGUUGACUUCUGAUACACAUUUGCAAGUGGCGCCCUCUGGUGGUGAUGGUGGUGGUGCGUUUCAGCUCAGAGAACAGAUUUGUAGUUUGGGAAGUUGGUGGCAUCUAUUUGGGGUUUCUGUUUAUGGUUUGAGUCUCUUAUGCCUUCCUUGGAAAUCUAGAUUCAGAGGUUCUUGUUGUGACUGAGGAAGCCCCUACUGAGGAAUCUUGGGCCAUAAAUAAAUAAAUAAAUAGGCUGCUCAUACUGGGAGUGUAGGAAGACUCACAUCCAGAAGGUACUUUGCAUAAGACUGGGGUGUCCCUGAGCCCGAUCAAUCAAUCAUGCAGUUUGUGGAAGAGGGUUAUGUUGGGGGCGGGGGGAGUGGUGGGGCAGGGAGGUGGUCUUCUCUCUGAAGGUCCUGAGGUUUCCCUACUAAGUCAGUGUCCUUGGGUCAUUUUUUGGAGAAAAGUGGGAGAAUCAGAAGACUUCUGAUAUUUUUAUGUAAAAAGGCCAGUUCAAAGGCUAAGCCCAAGUGGCAGGUGUCUUGGACUGCUGUGGAAGGCGGGGCCUCAGGGCAUCCAACGGAGCUGAACAAUAAGGUGGGGGCGAGGGAGAUGAGGGAAGGGCGACCCAUCACAGGUGGGAUCUGGUCCUGUAAGCGACUUCAAAUCCUCCCGUGAAGAGUAACUCCUCCCUAGGUGUUCUAGUCGUUUUACACAAAGUCCCUUCAUCCCCGUCACCUCCCAUCUUCCCAGCAAGGAUUGCAGGGCUGUCCCAUUUCCCAGGUGGGAACACCAAGGCUCAGUAUUUCGGCCGCUCUUGUUCAAGUUUUCUCAGCUCCUAAGGGAUCCAGUCAGACCCUCAAGUCGGAUCCCGUGCCUCUUAGCCCAGAGCACUUUGAAAUCCCCAGCACACUAUGGUUUACCCCACCCAGGGCUGUCGUUAAAAAAUAAACAAAACCCAGUCAAGUGGCCAGGGAGUGUUUCUUAGCAAAAGAGCAAUGUAUUGGAAGAAGGGAAGAGGGGAGAGGGCGUCAUUUGUUCACAGCUGUCCCCUUUUUGAUGGACUCAGUCACUCUGGGGAACAGAGGGGCACGAACCUGCAGUUUUCUCUUUCCAUCUGCAUGUGGCCCUUCUGCCUCCAGGCAUCUGUCCUGAGGGUGAAUCAGAGAUGCGGUGCUAGCUGACCCAACACCAAACCAACGCCAUGGUGCUGCCUUGUUUCGGGAGUCGGCUCCUGAGCUUGGGGUGAGGGGGGUCUGGCCCCGAGCCCAGGC